UUUUGUACUUAUUUUAAAAAUGGCGACCGCACGGUGAAUCAGUGAGGGAAGAAAGAGAGAGAAGGAGGUUGUCAACAAGUAGCAAGAUUUGUACUCGCAGAACGGACAAUUUAGGAUGGUCAGAGAAACAAGGGAGUCAAAUCGAACGUAAGCCGCAUCUCUUCCCACUCCUUUUUAUGUAAGCGCGACUAAUCGUGGGGACAGACUACCGAGAACGUCAGAAAAGUAGCACGGGGCCAGGAGCUAUUAAGAAAAAAACGAGCCCUCCUUUAUCCGCUCGUCCGUCGAGAACACAGACUUUGAUGAAUGUCUGAGAGUGACUACGAUUCGGCGAACGAGUACACAAGCCUGAUGGACGGUCACGUCGCGGAGUCUCGCACGGACGACCUGAUCCUGGGCAGCGACCGUCGGAAGAACCGUGCCAGAAGUGCCCCACCACAGGUGGGUGAAAAUGGGUUGCCCGAGGUACACAUUGAGACGUCAGACACAGCUGUCGCCCGAUCAAACAGGCGCGCCGCGUCCUGUAGCAAUAAUCAAAAUAGACUGAGGCACUACAGAGACGAGGAGGAGGAGGAACUCAAGUAUGGUGCGGCGCAUGUGAUCAAACUCUUUGUCCCUGUUUCGCUGUGCAUGUUGGUCGUGGUAGCCACUAUUAGCUCGGUCCAUUUCUAUACUACCAAGGGAAUGUACUUAGUAUACACUCCAUUUCAUGAGGACAGUGCCGACACAAGUACCAAAGUCUGGCAGGCAUUCGCCAAUUCGAUGAUUCUCAUGGCCGUCAUUGUGUUUAUGACUGUGAUACUUAUCGUCCUCUAUAAAUAUAAAUUUUACAAUGUCAUACAUGGUUGGCUGAUCAUAAGCUCUCUGCUGUUGCUCUCGAUGUUUUCCGUUCUGUUCUGCGAGGCAGUAUUGCAGGCUUACAACAUUCCAAUGGAUUUAAUCACGAUAGGUAUAGGCUUGUGGAACUUUGGCGUAGUCGGAAUGAUUUGCAUACACUGGCAUGGGCCGUUGCAGCUUCAGCAAGCGUAUCUAAUCUUUAUUUCCGCCCUGAUGGCGCUCGUUUUCAUCAAAUAUUUACCCGAAUGGACGGCAUGGGUUGUGCUCGGUGUUAUAAGUAUUUGGGACUUGUUCGCGGUUCUAAUGCCAAAGGGUCCGCUGAGGAUACUCGUCGAAACGGCGCAAGAACGCAACGAAUCUAUUUUCCCUGCUUUAAUAUAUUCUUCCACCAUUUUAUACUCGUUUACAGUGACUUAUGCUGGCUACGUGCAGGCAGCUACAAUGGCGUCUGGAGACACCGCAGCGUCUCCUACGCGUGGUCAGCCAGACGAUCAAAAUAAUCAGGCAUCAGGCGAUGCGGAAGAGGGAGGUUUCACUCCAGAAUGGGUAGAGACGCACGAGGAACGUAGCGCGAGACGCGCCCAAGAAGUGCGCGAGAGCUCGUCCGCAUCAAGAGAAAACACGAGACAGCAGGACAAUCGUCCGCGAGAGUCGCAAGGACAACCCGCAGCCGUCGAAGAGGAACGUGGAGUUAAGCUAGGUCUCGGGGAUUUUAUAUUUUAUAGCGUGCUCGUUGGAAAGGCGUCCAGCUAUGGAGACUGGAACACCACAUUGGCUUGUUUCGUUGCUAUUCUUAUUGGCCUCUGUUUGACAUUGCUGUUGCUGGCCAUAUUCAAGACAGCGUUACCCGCAUUGCCAAUUUCCAUUACGUUUGGUUUGAUAUUUUAUUUUGCCACGAGAGUGAUUGUUGCACCGUUUGCCGAUAGUUUAGCAAGUGAACAAGUGUUUAUUUAAGUCAAGGGGCUCGCAGUGCGGCAGUUCCGAGCAAACUUGAAUUAAUCGACGAAGAUAUUCCUCGAGGCGUUUCCGGCGUUGCUUAGCUACGACUUCGUACUUUGGAAAGACUUGACGUGGGGGAAAGCGUAUUGCUGCGACCUGUGAUUAAAGAGUCUUCAUAAAAGCGAUUGUAUUGAUUGAAAUGCUUAUGAAAAGUCUUGAGUUGUAUGUAUACUUUGUGUUGAAAUAGACUUUUCUAUAGUUUGAAAUUCAAUUUGGAUUAUUUAUAAUUCGUCUAGAAUAAAAUUAUAUAAUAUAUA